GGACAAGUCACACAUAAAAAAACAGUUUCUGCUCAGGAAGGACGACGGACGGGUGCACCGGGCGGACAGUCAAGGAUCCUCGAUACCAAAAGUUUAGUCCAAGAUGCAAACUCUGGUAAAUUUGUUCGCUCUUCUCUCGCUCUUCUUUUCUGUUCAUGCGGACGUGGUGGAACGCUUUCAGGAUGUGCCAGAAUGCAUGGAGUACUUCUAUAAAGAGAAGGUGCCGGAGUGGGGGGCUUCUACACCCGGUGCUGCGCGUCUAUGUCAUCGCUUCAGCAACAGGUACCACUUUGCCACCCUGUAUGACACUAACCACCGUAUUGCCGUCUAUGCUGCCUAUAAAUUCCAGCCAAGCAACGGGGGAGGGAGGGAGAAAAGGUGGUUCGUAGAGCCUCAGCUAGUGGACGUGUCCUGGCAAGCCGAGAUGAAGGAUGGCUACUGGCUGGGGAAGGACCACCCGGGGGUCUACCAAGGGGAGAGACAGGCCCUGAAUGAGGACUACACGCACUCUGGCUUCGACCGUGGUCACCUCAACCCAAACGGACACCACGCAGUCCCGAGCCGCAACGCCACGUUCACCCUGACCAACGUGGUUCCUCAGAACCCCAAGCUGAACCAGGACGCCUGGAGGAUCUACGAGUCCCGGCUCACUGACCUCUACCGGGACACGUGCUCCGAGGCCUUCGUGCUGGUUGGCGCCGUUCCCUCCACAGACAACUGGAUCGUUAAAAACAACGUGAGGCGGGUCAACAUCCCGGACUACCUGUGGAACGCCUACUGCUGCGUGGACAACAAUGGCGUACCCAUUCAGAGCGGCGGUGCCACGGCGAGGAACACGCAGGCCAACCGGGUGGAGCAGCUCUCACUGAACGAACUGGGAGAAUUCCUCCAGCAGUUCUCCAACUCGCCAGUGGGGGCACUGUUUUACAACAAUUGUAGGGCGUGAGGGAUGUAAGAGGAAUGAUGAAAACCGACAAAUAAAUCUAAAAUGAAUGAAUUGAAGAAAA